AAUGAAAUUAAUGUCAAACUCACAUUGAUGACAUUUGCUUUAAUUUGAAUCUAAAAGUAGGUUUUUCAAUAAUUUCGUGUUAUAUGCGCAUUUUGUUACCUUUGAAUACUAAAAACACGGAGUGUACUUGUAAUAUAAAAUUAUAUAAAUCGUCAGAAUGUUGGAGGUUAUAAAUGGAUUCCUCUUGGUCUAUUUUGUUGUUUUGUGUUCACUCAGUUUACUUGUUCCGCAAUUAGUAAAACCUAUAUCAGCGUGUUUUGGUAAGCCUUCGCACGAAGAGCGGUCGGUGUGGGAUGAGGUUGUGAAACUUAAAGCUGAACAGAAGAGCAUAUCUAUGAAAGAUGAAUUCGCUGCGUACUCAAAGUUGCAGCGAAAGAUAAACAAACUGGAGAAUCAACUGAAGGAUAAUUCACAAACGCGCAUUGGGAAGAAUUUGGCUGUUAAAGGUACUCUUCAGUUGGUCCUGCAUGCAGUUGUAGGUUUAAUGACUCUCGUUUCUGUAAUAUGGUUCAGGCGCGAGCCUAUUGUAGCUCUCAAAGGAGAUCUGUUCCCCCUCACCACAAUGCUAAGGUACCCCAGUGACAUGCCAAAUGCAAUCUCCACUCAUAUGUGGGUGUUAAUAUCUAGUGUAUCUAUCAGAAUUCUUUUAAAACCUAUUGUACCAUAAUUAAAUAUUCUUAGUUGUUUAUUAAGUAAAUUUAUGUGUUGUUUGGAAAUAAAUUAUUUGCAUUUUUAUAUA